AUGCAAAUGAUCUCUGCAGAGGGAGACAUUCAAGGGAUUUAUCUGCACAAGGUCUCGUCCAACGAAGCUGUGCAGGCCGAAACAACUCCAUGUUUCAUUAAAUCUGUCCAUGCUUCAAGCCGCUUGGGGUGUGCCCAUUCAUGCAUUAAUCACUUCCCUGAAUGCGCGGCUGUUUACUACAAUAAAGUCAUGAAACUUUGCAAACUUCUCAGAUGUCGCCCGACGGACAGACUGGAGAACCAAAACCUGGUAGGAAUUCCUUCUGGAUGGGAACUUUUGGAGGACAAUAAAGCAUGUGAAGAGGACUGGAUUCUGUUUGCAGGCCAUUGCUACCAUUUCAUUGCAACUGGGACAAUAUGGAACAACGCUGUGUCUGAUUGCAAUAGUAGAGGCGGCUCUCUGAUUGAACUACAUUCUCAAGAGGAAGUAGAUUGGGUGAAGGACUCUUUUCUUUUACCAGAAACGGGAGUUGAAGCACUGUGUCCUCAUCCACGAGAUUGUCCUAUCUGGAUUGGUGCUUCCUUUCAGCAUGGAUCCUCCACAUUUGUAUACAACAGUGGAAAAGCAAUGGUAUACCCAAAGUGGGCCUUUAAACAGCCCAGCAAUUUUGGCGGAGACCAGUUUUGUGUUAGUUUGCAGCGGUCAGGAAAAGGAAAUGACAGAGCUUGUUACGGCGUUUAUCAGUAUCUCUGUAAAAAGGAUAAGUAGUCAUAUGAAUAAAAGAUAUUAGAACCGUGGUUUAGAAGACUACAGAGACAUAAAAUCCUUCGUAUUGUGACAUGAUGCGAAACAUACGUCAAUAAAAUUCAAUAAAACUUUAUCAUUCAUAGCAUAUUUAUUUUUAUGUAGAUAGUAUGUCCCAAGUUAUUGUUUACGUCAUUUUCCACGAUUUUUAACAAAAAUACAAAAUUAUAACUUUUCAAAGAAGUACAAUUGAAAACGAUGAGAUGGAUAAAAUUUUAAGCU